AUGGUGCUUUCUCGAUCUCUGGUUCUUGCUUUGAUCGGUUGCGUUACGUUCAUCUGCCUUGAUGCACAAAAAACUACGAGUAUAAAUUGUGACACAACACCUAAGCCAGUCACGCUGUCAGGCUUUUUGGAUAAUUAUACAGGUGAUAUAGAAUGGAUUACAGAUAUCCCACCUGACGUAUAUUUGGAGUUAAGAGAGUAUUUGUUCCCCGAACACUUAGAAUAUGUGGAGCUGGUAUAUACUGAUGGAUCUAAUAAUGCAACAGUGAGGACCCUUAAGCCACUGGAUGUUGAUUCUAUUGAGAGUUACGAUAUCUUCUAUGCUGUUGUUUGCCGAAGGAUUGGAACAACUGACGAGAUAGAGAAUGCCCGGGACAUAGUCUUAGAAGACAUAAAUGACAAUUCUCCAAAAUUUCUACAGACUCAUUAUAAUGCUUCAGUAUCAGAGGUAUCUGCAAUAAAUUCCAUUGUUAUAAAAGUGGAAGCUGAGGAUAAAGAUUUGUCACCUAUGUGGAGCCUUAUUACUUACAGUCUUUGGGGUCCAAACUCUGAUUACUUUUAUAUAAGGGAAGGAGAUGGAAACAUCAUGGUGAAUAAAACAUUGGAUUAUAACAAGAUCAACCUUUUCAAUUUAACAGUCCAAGCAAAGGAAAGGAUGGGAGAGAACCAUGAUACUGCAUCAUUAAUAAUUACCAUAGAAGAUUACGAUACAUUGAACCCCUAUUUCAGUCAGUCAGUGUACAAUGGAAAAAUCAGUGAAAACCAGACGGGUCAUCUGGCUAUUCUCCCAGAGGACAUAUUGGCCAAAGAUGGAGACGCAGGUAUAAAUGAAAAAGUAAACUACAGCAUCAAACUAGUGAAACCCCCAGCCUAUAGCAAUGCCUUUUCAAUCGAUGCAGACACUGGAGUGUUGGAAGUAAAGACUGCAGUUGACAGAGAAGAGUGUCCCUCUCUUGUUGUGGGCAUUCAGGCAACUCAGCAGGACAAUAUUUUCAAAAUGGCUGAUGCGGUAGUUCUGGUUACUAUUGAAGAUGUGAAUGACAACUAUCCAGUGUUGUCACAAUCAAGUUACAAUGUCUCAAUUCUAGAAAAUUCCCCAAAUGGGAUGCAAGUUCUUCAAGUAACAGCUACUGACAAAGAUGAGGGAGGCUUCCAAGGAACGUUUGUUCUCGCUCCAGCUGACGGUCCCUUCCAGCUAAGCCAAGCUGGGAUGCUAACUGUGAGGAACUCCACGCUGUUGGACAGGGAGAGAAUACCAUCUGUUCACCUUGAGGUCACUGCUAGAGAUCAUUUGGCACCUUACUAUGAAGCACGCUCUGCAAUCAACGUAUUGUUGCUAGACGAAAAUGACAACAGCCCAACCUUUAGAGGCACGCCAUAUAAACGCGAUAUUUUCAUCAACAUGACUGCAGGAAUGUCCAUUCUUCAGGUUGCUGCCGAUGAUCCAGAUGACGGUAUAAAUGGAGAGAUAAGCUUUAUCUUAGCUGGUGGCAAUGAAGAUGGAUACUUUGAAUUGGAUACGUUCACAGGACAAAUCAGUUUAAAAAAAGUAAUCCCAUUAGGUGUCAACCAGCUUAAGAGCUUUGUCUUGUGGGUAACGGCUAUUGAUGGCGGGACGAUUCCAAGAAGUUCAUCGGUGCCGGUACAAAUCUUUGCAGCUGGAGAUUCCAGACCACAGUUUCUUCGGAAAACAUAUAACGUGUCUGUGGAAGAAGAGCUAGUAGAAUAUGAGGCUUUAAAUCCCCACAUACCAGUUACGUUUCAAGUACUGACAGAAUCUGAGACGUUUGACAUCGAUGUCAAUGGAACCAUCCUGACAAAAACCAAACUGGACUAUGAAUCCCGGAAUAAUUACAUCCUAAAUAUUUCCUUGUCGGAUGGGAACAGUACUGACUAUGCGACCAUGUUUAUCAGAGUUACAGAUGUCAAUGAUAACAGGCCUGUGUUUGGUACAGUCAGUGCUACCGUUACUAUCCCAGAGAACAUGUUAGUUGGAGCUAAUAUUACCAGGGUGUCAGCUACGGAUGUGGACGAGGGCUUUAACGGAUUAGUGGUUUAUACUCUGAAAGGUGGAGAAGGAAAAAUGGAUAUUAACACUGCAGGAACAAUUUUGCUGGAAAAGGAACUGGACAGAGAAAAACAAGGCUUCUAUAAUUUAACAGUGAUCGCCAGUGACCAAGGGCAACCCGCACUGUCUGCAGCUCUCCAUUUGACAGUCAUCGUUGAGGACGUGAACGACAACUCUCCGGUCUUCUCAUCAAGUAGGUACGAAGUGAGUGUCUCUGAAAACGAAGAGCUUGGAAGGGCAUUGCUGACAGUAUCUGCUACCGAUGUGGAUGCUGGGGCCAAUGCCCUCGUGCAGUACAGAAUCGUUAGCCAGCAACCUCCGACCCCCUCGCCGGUGUUUCUUGUCGAUUCGACCACGGGCCAGCUCAGCCUGAGCCAGCAGCUGGAUUAUGAAACCAUCACACGUUUUGAAGUAGAAGUGGAGGCAUCAGAUGGAGGGCAACCAAGUCUCAGCACUGAAACACGUGUUGUUGUGCAUGUACAAGAUGUUAACGACAACCCACCAGAAUUUAAUCAGGCGAUCUAUGAUAUAUUUGUGUUUGAAAACCUACAGAUGGGUAGUCCUAUCUACACUUUCAAUGUUACUGACAAGGACGAGGCUGGCUUUUCUCAGGGACACUUUGUUCAUAACAGUAAUUUAUUUACUGUGGAUAUCCCUGGAAUACUUUCAUUAAGGAAUGACACAGAACUGGACAGGGAGACUACAUCCGAAUUCACCUUUCAAGUAUGGGCAGUUGAUGCUGAAACAAAUGGGCUUAAUUCAAGUGCCUUGUUCCACAUCACUGUUCUGGAUGUCAAUGAUAAUAACCCUGAGUUUCAGAGGCAAUCAUACCGUUUUGCAAUUUGGGAAGGAGAUUACAUGUCAAGUGCUCAAUUUGCACGCGUGACUGCUACUGAUUUGGAUGAGGGAGAGAAUGCACAGAUCAGUUAUUACUUAUCAGCUUACGAUGGGGAUAAUCCAUACAGCAUCCAACAGGAUGGAACCGUUUGGGUUAAUGGCUCUGUGGAUCGAGAAACUAAAGACAAGUAUGAGCUGCUGCUGGUGGCAUCUGAUAACGGAGUACCUCGAAGGCAGAAUUUCACACGUGUCAGCAUUCAUGUGUUCGAUGUGAAUGAUAACCCUCCUCAGUUUACGAAAGCAAAAUACUCGGCCACUGUACGUGUAGCAACAGCAGCAGAAGGAGUGUCUGUACUAUCUGUGUCUGCCACCGACCUUGACGUUGGGAGCAAUGCUGUCAUUUCAUACAGCCUCAAGAACCAUUCUGAUGUUUUCCGUAUAAAUGACAGCACCGGAGAAAUCACCCUCAGCAGUAACUUGAACCACAUCACAGCUGACACAGUUGUUACGCUGAUAGUUACUGCUACUGAUCAUGGAGAUCCUCAGCUUACAUCAGAUGCCUCUGUUACCCUUUACUUGCUGGUAAAUGACACUAGCUUCAGCCUGAUUUUCACUAGCUCCAGCUAUGAGUUCAGCAUUCUAGAAGAGAGCUCGCCGGGGACUGCUGUUGGCUCUGUGAAGGCUCUGACAGGCAGCGUGGCUGCGCAAGUCACGUACUCGCUGAAAUCUCAUAGGGACAAGUUCUCAGCCAACGACCAAGGAGACAUUGUGACUCUCACCAGCCUAGAUCGAGAGGACCGCGACCUGUACAGCAUCGUUGUAGAAGCUGUUGAUUCUGUGGUGCCAGCCAAUACAGCUAUUGCUUUGAUAACUGUGAGCGUUGAUGAUAUCAACGACAAUCCUCCAGUUUUUCCAACAUGGAUCCAAACUAAAUUAUCAGCUCCUGAGAAUGCAGCUGGUUUAGACUUGGGUGUAUUUUCUGCUACUGACCUGGAUGCAGGAGUUAAUGCACUUAUAAGCUACUCUCUGCAAGAUGAUUUUGCUGGCAUUUUCCAUAUUAACAGUUCUACGGGCAAGCUGAUGACAACAAAAUCCUUAGACAGAGAGAUGAUGGACAGUUACGAAUUGAAAAUAAUAGCCACAGAUUCUGGCAAACCCUCUCUAUCUGCAAGCUUAGUUCUAAGCAUCACUGUGGAGGAUGCGAAUGACAACCCACCAGUGUUCCCCCAGCAAUCGUACUCCGUGAUCGUGAAAGAGAACGAGCCUCCACACGUGAUUCUGAGUGCGGCAGCCACAGACAAAGAUAUAGGGUACAAUGCCAUUAUCCAUUACACCAUAACUGGAGACAAUUCUUCAUUUCAUGUUGGAGAAAUUUCUGGAAAUAUUACAACACUUCAACCUCUGGACUAUGAAAGUCAAUCCCAGUACACAUUUAUUCUGAAAGCUUUCAAUCCUGGAGAGCCACGUCUUGAGGACACUGCAAACAUUACAGUUACUGUGGAGGAUGUUAAUGAAGAAGCACCCAUAUUUGACAAACCCUCAUAUUACCAGAUCCUUCCAGACAACUCCACAGCUGGCACACUGGUACUAGAUAUCAAUGCAAAAGAUGAAGGCAAGGAUUAUGAUGAAGGCAUUUUCUACAAUAUUACAGGUGGAAACUCAGAAGGUCUCUUUAGUGUCUCCAAAACCACAGGAAUACUCACAAUAACAAGAGACUUAUCCAAACAGACUGCUCCCCUCUAUUACCCCUUGGUGGUCACUGCAACGGAUUCAGGUCUGCCGCCUCUUUCAACUUCUGCAAAGGUCUCAGUAACAAUAGCUCCCGUCAACUUUUCCCUCCCGGUGUUCUCAGUAUCAGGCUACCAGCCUGCCCCUCUGAGUGAGAAAGCGCUGCCGGAUACGUUUGUGGUACAGAUCAGCGUGUUGUACAAGGCCCCUGUGAUCUACGAGAUCGUAUCUGGAAAUGAAAAGGAGUAUUUCUUUAUCAAUUCAUCCACUGGUAUUGUAAGAACAAAAAAGAAUUUGACAGUGGAAGAUUUUCCAAUCAUUUUCAAUGUGCGAGCAACAGAUUCAUCUCAUGCUGGCAUAUUUAAUGAAGUUUCUGUGAAAGUAGAAGUUAUUGAUGAAAAUGAUUUCCCUCCAGUUUUCCCAUCCUCUCUAGUAGAAGCAACAUUGAAGGAGAAUUUAUCCGCUACUCCGAUUGUCCAGCUGAAAGCUCAGGAUAACGAUACAGGUAGCAAUGGCUUGCUAACCUAUGGCAUUCUUAAUGGAGGUGGACUAAAAUUCAGGAUAGAUGAAGCAACUGGAACUCUUUAUUCCACUGCCCCCUUUGAUUAUGAAGAGGAACCUACAGAGUAUCAGGUGGUGGUAUAUGCUGAAGAUCAUGGAAUCCCUGAGAAGAAAAGAGGUUACUGCACAGUUGUGAUAAAGAUCAUUGAUGUUAAUGACUGUAAACCUGUCUUUGAUCCAGUGGCUGAAUUCAGUGUAAAUGAAAAUGCACCUGUGGGAUUCAUAGUUGGAAAAAUCACAGCAAAAGACAAUGACACGGGAGACCAUGCCUUUGUUCUGUAUAGCCUUACAGUGACUGAGCGCUCUGACUCGUGCUUCCUGUCCCAUUUAACUGGGGUAGCUCAUGGCAUUGCUGUUGAGAAGAGCACUCCUGUUGCCUCGGCCCCUAAAUCUGCCAGAGAUGGAGAUUUAGACCCCUCUGGACCACAUCCUGCAGGAGCUAAAAUGGCUGGUGGUGGAGGAAAUAUAUUUGAAAUAGAUGAAAUAGAUGGCAACAUUAAGAUAAAGAACUCUCCAGACUAUGAAAGCAUGAAUAAAUUCAACCUUACAGUGAAUGCAGUCAACAGUAAAUCUGCCCCUUUCUUUCAGGAAACUACUUAUGUCACUGUUCUAGUGAUUGAUGUGAAUGAUAAUGCUCCAGUGUUUGCUCAGAAUUCCUAUUCCGCUUCUAUAAACAUGAUUAAUCCUGUAGGUGCUCAUGUCAUAACGGUGACCGCUACCGACAAAGAUCAGGGGCAAAAUGGCCUUAUUGAGUACUACAUCCUCCCAGAUCAAAACUCCAGCCAGUUCUUCCUGAUAGAAGAUAUGAAUGAGGGGAAAAUAAUUACUACUGGAAAUCUGUCUAGAUCUGGAGAGAUCCGCCUAACAGUGAUGGCUAGGGACAGAGGCUCUCCAUCUUUAAAUGACACUGCUACAAUUACUCUCAACGUGUCCGAAAACCGUCCAUUCGUUCCUCGGUUUAAUGAGAGCGAAAUCAGUGUAUCUGUUUUGGAAAACACAGGAGUGGAUCACUUAAUUUAUGUUUUUGCUGUGGUUGAAACUUUGGGAACAGCGAUUGAUUACAGAGUUGUAUCUGGCAAUGAACAAGGCCAUUUUAGAUUGGAUCCAGAAAGUGGUCAGCUGAGAACAGCAAUUAAUUUGAACUAUGAGGAAGUUUCUCAGUAUGUGGUUUUAAUUGAAGCAAAUGAUAACCUCUCAUCUGCCGCAGAAGUCCAGCUUUCAGGACUGUUUGCUCAAAACGUGGCAAUGCUGACAAUCUCAGUGCAGGACGUAAAUGAAGAGCCGGUGUUUUUGAAUAAUGCCUACUCCGCUCGGAUACCGAGCUCUGUGCCGUACAAGUACCCGGUUAUUACAGUUCAGGUGGAGUAUAUCUCUGUGCUCUUUGUGAGGGUAGAAAUCUUUGGAAAGGCCACAGAUCCAGAUUCAGGAGACAAUGGACUUCUGCUGUACAGCUUAGUGAAUAAUCAAAGGAGUGAAUUUGACAUUGAUGAAAAUACAGGGCAGAUUUUUACAGUCUCUGUAGCAGGAAAGACUGGAACAUUUUAUCUGGAAGUCGAAGCUGCAGACCAAGGCACAAGAAGACUCACAGCCCGGACAACAGUCAACGUAACCAUUGAUUCCAGUUCCAGUAACAACAUUGUGGUGAUGGUACUUAAUCAGAAGAUCAACGUUGUUGAAAGAAACAGCGCUGAAGUAAAAAGGGUCCUGGAAGAUAAACUUACGUGGAACGUAUACAUCAUUGACGUCGACUCCAAUGAGUCUGAAAGAAAAGCAAGAAGCACCACUGAUGUAACCUAUGUAAAAAUUAUUGCUUUUGAUGAUGCAAACCAGGAGGUACCUGCAGAAGAUGUAAAAAGAAAACUUAGGGAGCAGAAGAGUAAAAUUGAGACGGAACUGGAGGCGGUAUUUUCAGCAUCAGUUAUUGCUGAAAUAGAAGAGACUCCUGCAGACUCAGCAACUCCUGAACUCAUUGCAACAAUCGUGCUUGGGGUUCUGCUAGCCUGCACUCUCACGGCCUUCCUGGUAUACGUAGUUAUUACCAAAAAGAAAAAAAGAAAGUAUUAUCAACAACAUUUGGUUAAGCAGCAGGCUGAAAUUACCGGGGGAAUUGAUAAUCUGUAUGCAGCUGACCAAAAUGGAAGUCGGACAAGCGUAGGGGAACUAGAGCACACGAAUAAUGUAGAAACUGAAGCAAUAGUGUUCAGCAACAACAGAUUCAUGACAGGAGGUGAUACUGGCAAAGAUGUACUUCGGGAUGAUGAAGAACAGAGUUACCUUGAGACAUAUUACAAAGGUGAACAUAAAGAAAAUGUAGCAUCUGAAAAAUCCGCUGAACCUAGAACUGUAAAUGCCCAGCCUGCUGCAGAAUUCACGACAAAACAGGACUCCUUUCUCACAGGCGGAAAUCAAGGCUCAGCUUUUUCCAUAACCCCUGAUCUCAGAGCGCACACCUCUGAUAAAGAACUGAGAGGAGUGAAGUUUUCAGAAGUGGCAAUUAUUUUGGACGCAGAGCCUCAAGCUGAUGAUUCUGAUGAUGACGAUCCUCGUGAUAAUUAG